UUGUCUCGGCAAGAACGCGCCCAGUUCAUUCAAAAGAGUGCGCGGGUUUUGUUUAUUACCGAGUACAUCGUGCUGAUCGAGUACGCCGAAGUCGUAUUGCCCAUUAUCUACUGUCUGCACGAGGUGAUCUUCUUCAACAUGCCCAAUCGAGCCUACUACCCUGCGCUCGCCGACAUGUCAACAGCAGAUCUCCAUUCAUCCGUCACCAACGUGCAGAUGUACAGCUCGCUCGAGUUUCUCUCAUUGGCCAUGGUUCUCACCCUGCUGAAGCGAAUGCUGGGGUUCUCAACGCUGCGGCAGCUCGCAUUCGUGUUGGAGACGCAAGCGCCGAUGAUACAGUCCAAGCUGACCACCUUGUUCUUCUACGUGAUGCAGGUACCGCUGAUACACCACGGCGCUGACUUUAGCUUUAAAUUCACGUGGGUCCACAAAGAUAAAGGAGCGUAG